AUGCACAUCAUCAUCAUCGGCGCUGGGCUUGGCGGGCUCUCUGCCACCAUAGCAUUCUCGGAUACAUCAACCAAUGGGCCCAACAAGCAUAAGAUCACACUUCUCGAACGCCGUCCCCAUCUUUCGCCUUCGGGCGGAGGCAUGAAUAUUCGUCCUGGCGCUUCGAGAAUCCUACAUUCUUGGGGAUUGAAAGCUGAUCUUGAGAAAAUCGGAGAUGUGACAAGAGGCUUCCUGAUCCGAAGUGUGAACACUGGAGACAUUGCGACGAAGAAUGUUGGCGUGGAAAUUAGUGGCGAGACUGAUUGGGGAGUCUUGAGAGAGAAUUUGAUGGCUUUGUUUUGGAAGAAGGUAGAAGAGCGUAUGAAUGCUGGUGCAGACAUUGAAGCAAGAUUUGGUGUUGAUGUAGACAAGGUUGAAGAGGAUGAAAAUUUGGGUUUUGCUAGAGUGCACUUGGGAGGUGGUGAGGUAUUGGAAGGCGAUUUGAUCUUGGCUGCGGAUGGGAUUCGAUCGAAGAUUCGGGCUCCGAUAUUGGAGGACUGUGGUAAAAACGUUGACCCAAUCAUCAGUGAUACUACACUUUAUGGUGUCAAGGUCAAAGCGGAAAAGGUGUUGGAAAGAGAUGAGACCAAAGGAUUGGGAAUCUCUGAUUUUGCGACAGUGUGGGCUGGGCAAGAUCGAUUUGUGGUGUCAAGGCUGAACGCAAAGACAGGCAUCUGUAGUGGACUGUUCGGGAUCAGAGCAGACAACGACAUGAACGGGUUGUGGGAUGAGAAAGGAGAUCUCCAUUAUGUGAGAGAGUAUUUCAAGGGCAGCUGCGAUGAUCUUACGACCGUGUUGGACAUGGCAGAGGUGUGUGAUCGAUGGAAGUUAGCUGAGCUGCCAGAUCUACCACGCUGGACCAGCAAAGGCGGACGCAUUGCUCUAUUAGGAGACAGUGCACACGCAAUGGAACCGCACGCCGCACAAGGAUACUCCAUGAUCGUCGAAGAUAUCGGUGUGCUGCAAUACCUCAUAUCCCGGAAGCCUAACCCCUCACAAAGUCUUCCAGAGAUCCUCGAAACAUGGGAACGGCUCCGUAAGCCUCGAGCAGAACGCAUCAAAGCAUACGCAAAGCACAAUGGUGCUUCUUUCCUCGGUUCGACGCCAUUUCCCUCCAUACGACCAGCUCGCAGUACCACCGCUUCCAACAAGAAAGAUGCUCUGCCAGCCAAGAGCCUGAAGGACGUGAGACCAGAUAUGAAUGCGAAGUUCGAGUCGGCGGCCUUCCUGAAGUGGGCACUCGACUAUGAUGCCGUGGCUGAGGCCAAGAAAUAUCUCGAAAGCAAGUCGUCUCGUCUGUAA